AAAAAUGUUUUCGUUUGGAAGGGAGUUUUUCUCUCCAAGUGGUCGAGUACAAGACUUACAAAGAGGAGGAAGCCACAAUAAUAAUCAACAAACAUCAUCAUCUUCUUCAGGAGGAUUUCUAACGAAUACUGCAAUUGGAUCAUCAACAGGUGGAUCAUCAAAUAUUCAUACAAUUCCUUCGCAGCCUGAAUCUGGCUAUCAUAUUGAAGAUCCUAUUCAUAUCAAAGUUAAAAAUUGGUUUUUAUAUUUUCCAUUAUGUAGUAAUAUUGUAUUUUGUGUUUGUAUUAUUUUGUAUAUUGUACAGGGCGUUUUCAAUGAACCAAAGUCUUCUGAUAUUUGCUAUAGAUACUCCACAACAAUAUUAACCACUAAAGUUUGGCAAUUAUUUACAUUCCCUUUCUUUCAUGGGAGUAUAACACAUAUAUUGUUUAACAUGCUGGCUUUAUAUCAAUUCGGAAAUAGGAUUGAAUCAACACUUGGAACUAUAUACUUUUUCUUUAUUUCAUUAUUUAUGAUAAUAUUUGGAUCUGCUGUUUGGGUUGCUAUUGAUGCACUUUUUAUUCAAGGUUUUGGAGCUGGACAAACACUUUCCUUUUUAUUGGAUAGAUGCACUGUGGGAUAUAGUGGUGUUUUGUUUGGAUAUUUAGUUUUUACAGUUCAAUAUAGACCACUUUUUGAACAGUUAUAUCCUGGUGCCAAUGCAGAUGAUUUUGCACCUAAAUUAAUUCCAUGGUUAAUGUUAAUUGUUACUUCAUUGUUAAUGCCAAAUGUCUCAUUGAUGGGACAUUUGACUGGCAUGAUUUCUGGAUAUUUGAUUUGGAUCCUUGUGAGAUUUGUAACACCAAUUAAUAAGGUAUUCCUGUUUAUUGACAGAAAAAUUCCAAAAUUUAUCAGAGAAAGAUCUUUUUACUUUGUAUCUAAUGAGGCUGUUUUUACAAGCGCAACAGCACAAACAAAUCAACAAGAUACUCAAUCAACCCCGAGUCAACCAAGUUCAGGUGGAUUUAUGAGCAGUAUUAGUGGGUGGUUUAGAGGAGGAAACAAUAAUUCGAACGACCAAUCAGCCAAUAAUCACAGCUGGGGUUCUGGAAGAGCUCUGGGAUCAAACUAAAUAAUAAUAGUCUACAU